GCCGUAGACGCGACCCAAGGCUGCACACGAAGAAGCCACCUGCUCCUUAUCUCCCAGUGCCCGCUGAACGCCUACGCAAGAAUGUUCAGCUUCUUCCGCUUCAGUGGAGUUAUGAAACAGCUGCUUGCUGUUCUCGCCGGAGACCUGGCGAUGACGACGGCGGGCAUAGUGCUGACGUGGACGUCACCGGCGCUGCCGAAGCUGCCGCAUCUGACGGCCUCGGAGGCGGCGUGGGUGGGCUCCCUGGCGUCGCUGGGCGCCGCCGUCGGGCCCUGGCUGGGCGGCUGGCUCUCCGACCGCGUGGGUCGCCGAAACACGGUGCUGCUGGCCGAGCUGCCCGUCGCCGCCAGCUGGCUGGCGCUGCUCUUCUGCGAGUUCCAGCCCACGUGGCUCUGCGUCGUUCGCUUCGUGUCAGGCCUCGGCGUCGGACUCAUCUUCGCCGCCAUGCCAGCAUACGCUGCUGAAGUCUCACAGGCGGACGUGAGGGGCGGCCUCUGCUCGCUGAUCCAGGCGUCCAACACGCUGGGCUUCAUGAUCGACUACUGCGUGGGCCCGUUCGUCUCGUACAGGACUCUGGCGCUCAUCGGGCUGUCGUCGCCGCUGGUGGCCGUGGCGUGCUUUGCCUGGAUGCCCGAGUCGCCCUACUACCUGCUGGCCGUGGGGAAGGACGCCGCCGCCGAGAAGGCGCUCCGCUGGCUGAGGGACCCGGACCGCGACGUCGCCUCGGAGCUGCGCGAGAUGAAGAAAGCCGUGGAGGACUCCAAGGUGAACGAGGCGUCGGUGCUGGACCUGUUCCGGUCCCGGCGCUGCCGCCGCGCUCUGGCCAUCUCGCUGGGGGUGGUGUGCGCCGAGCAGCUGGCGGGCAUCAACGCGGUGCUCUUCUUCAGCCAGAGCAUCUUCAUCGCGGCGGGCGGUGCCGUCAGCGACAGGGUGGCUCCCAUCAUCAUCAACGGCAUCAUGCUGGUGGAGGCGUGCAUCGUGCCCUUCCUGGUGGACCGCGUCGGCCGCAGGUUCCUGCUGAUCUUCUCUUCCAGCGGCAUGUCUUUCGCUCUGCUGUGCCUGGGCGUCUACUUCUACCUCCGUGAGACCGAGAAGUACGUUGGCAACAUUGGAUGGGUUCCCGUUGCCUCUCUGAUUCUCUACAUCGUCGUCUAUACGCCAGGUUACGGCUGUCUUCCUUACACGGUGACUGGCGAAGUCUUCCCGCCGAAUGCGAAGUCUGUGGCGAUGCCAAUGGCCGCUUUCGUGACUUGGUUCACGUCCUUCCUGGUCACCAGAUUCUUCGGGGACAUCGUCGCCGUAGUUGGGAACUACGGCCCAUUUUUCGUCUUCUCCGGGUGUGCACUCCUCGCUUCCUUCUACGUGUACUUCGUGGUUCCCGAAACGAAUGGCAAGACUUUAGAAGAAAUACAGGAUAUGCUCGGCGAGGAGUAAUCGUGACGUAAGAUGUGUGGUAACUAACACCGCUAUGAGAGCCAGAUACCUGCACUGAGAAAUGCAGAGGAAGAAGUGUGUUUUGCAUUUUUCCGAUAUUUGGAUGCAGAAUAAGAAGGUGGCACCACUUCUUCGAAACAUGAUUUGUCUAGGAGGGGUCAUCAUGCACAGUGCGUGUUUUGAUGCUUGCAAAAUAGAGAUGCGGCGUUCGCUAUUAAGAAUUAACUGCAGUGAAUCAUGUGUAUUACGUCUUUGAAGCUGGAAGGAUCACGCUUUCGUGUGAUAUACAACGCAAACAUAGUCAACGAGCGGUAUAUGUGUUACGAAGCAUGCUCUGCACUUCGUGAAAACUGGCGGCGUCCUUUUAACCAGUGGGAAGAAUUAGAAAAUAGGAGUAGAGGUUAGUCAUCUAACGAUGCAUAAUUCGGUCAUGAGUGCGACAGAGAGGAAGAGUCUCGUCUGGUGAUGCUGAGCCACCAUCUCUGGUGUUGACAGAGAGUCCGAAUGUCCGCCUCGAGAAGCUGUAUCCACGCUCCUACAGAACGAGUGUGGUGGCCAUUGCGAGAACUAGCACACUACUGGCAGGGCACAAACACGCGCCAAACAUUCGUAGGAGGCAUACUAUACGCUGGAAUAAGCAUACGAUCCACAAAAUGGCACUUGUAAAAGGCUUCUUCUAGCAAGGGACUCAACUUUGGUUCAAAUGGCUCUGAGCACUAUGGGACUUAACAUAUGUGGUCAUCAGUCCCCUAGAACUUAGAACUACUUAAACCUAACUAACCUAAGGACAUCACACACAGCAAUGCCCGAGGCAGGAUUCGAACCUGCGACCGUAGCACUCGCGCGGUUCCAGACUGAGCGCCUAGAACCGCUAGACCACAGCGGCCGGCAGACUCAACUUUAAUCCGAAACUUCCUGGCAGUUUAAAACUGUGUGCCGGACCGAGACUCGAACUCGGGACCUUUGCCUUUCGCGGGUUAUUGCUCUACCAUCUGAGAUACCCAAGUACGAUUCACGCCCCGUCCUCACAACUUUACUUCUGCCACUACCUCGUCUUCUACCUUCCAAACUUUUCAGAAGCUUUCCUGCGAACCUUCAUAUCAGUGCACACUCCGCUGCCGAGUGAAAAUCUCAUUCUGUCAACUUUAAUCCAUUUUCACAAAAACGUCGCUGGCCAGUGGAAUACUUCAAUGCAGAAAAACUGCUGUCUAGAAGUUUGUCACAUUACUGUGCAGGUUGCAAUAUGCAAUGUAGAAUUCUUAGUUCUGUGACUAAAUGUGGCGCAGUGUUGCAGCCAUAGACUCAAUCACAGAAAGCACACUUUUUCAUCUUUGAAAUAUCACACUGUUUUUUCUCUCUUCUAGACAGAAAAUGGUAUUUUCCUUUUUCGAUUGACGUGUUUGAGAUUAAGAAUAGCUGUACACUCUACACUAUAGCAUCGCUUUGUUCUUCCGAAUGUACAGAAGCUCCGUCGUGUGUCACUGUACGCAGAAUCAGCAAGUCAUAAUGGAUUUUCUUUUUCCAUAAACAAAUGGUUGUGAUUCUGUUGCGCAUCAAGAUUCUCAAGGACGUCCACAUGGGAAAUGGAACAGAUGACUGCCACGUUUACUGUGUUGGGAAUCGCCCACGGAAUCAAUGCGGUAGGGUGUUAGGCCGCCGCAUUUCAGCAGCUCGGUAAGGGCUGAAUCAGGAAGCUGCAGAAAAAAGAUUGAAGACAAUACUUCCAUGCCAUAAUGUAAAGGACCGCAGACUGCAGAUACGAACAGCAGUCUCAACAAGGAAUUGCCACAAAUUCCCGCUAAUAGAGUAACAACCCAGAAAACUCAAAAUACGUUGUGGUUUCUAAAGCUGCAUUACUGUUCGCGGCUGUCAGUAUAAAAUCUGGAGUUGAGUGGAGUAGCAGAUAGUGGCUGCGAAACGGGACUAUGUGCGAGGGACAAAAUUAAGCAUGUAGCCCGAUUUACAUCUCAACGUAGAAGAAUUCAUGAAACAUCACAUUCUUGGAUCUUCUCUUGUCUUUACAGUGACAGCUCAAGACCUUAAGUCUUUCUUUGACGAAGACUCCAAAGGAAAAACAAUCUAGAAUAGUGAGAUCCGGUGAUCCGGGCCGCCAGCUAAAAUUGCCGUAUCCAGAAAUCACCUUUCCCGGAACGUUUCUUCGAAACUGACACACUGAACAAUUUCCCUAUUUUGUUGGAACUACGUGUUAGGCAACAUCCACAGCAAACAAUGGCGCAAGGAGUGUCGAGAAUGUGUCGAUAAGUUUCAACAGUCACAGCACCGAUACUCCCAUUUUCACUCUCGAAAAAAAAAAUUAAAAAAAAAUAAUAAAAGAAGGUAGAACUCACUAUGGACAAUUAUUGUACAUCAAAGUCACUUGUCAGCCAUGUAAAUAUGUUCAUAUAAGUGUUUUCUGACUGGUUCGUUAAUACAUCAGCCUCAUCUGUUACCAUUAGCUUCUUGUGAAAAUUUGAGUUUUCAGACAGCACGCGGAAUUAAUUUGCAACCUCCAGUUGAUCUCUCAGUUACUAGUAAACUUUGAACAACCUGAACUAUGUGUGUAUAUCAGCCCUUACGUUUUCGUUCACGCAUAAUCUGUUGAAGCCAAGCUCUUGACAAUGGUGGCGAGUCAGUUUCUAAGUACUGUUUACUAGUAACGAACUGACAGUUUAGAAAUUCUGUGGACAGCGAGCUGUAUUUGGACGCCCGAGUUGAAGACUUUCAUUAACAUUGUCCUCAGGGUAUAAUUUCUCUACAUGACCUUCCAUGAUCUGUUUUGAAGGAGCAACGCGAAUAUUGAAUCUUCAUUUGAAUUUUCUGCGAGCUUCCAUAAUGCAGCGACCGUGGGUGAAAAAUAUUUUCAGAAGUGCUACACGUCGUUGUUGUGACAAUCUAUUGGUAUCUGAAUCUUGUACGACACGUCUUAUAUUUUCAACGGAGAGAGAUGUAAAAUAUUUCAGAUAAGUGUAGUUAUGUACAUUUGCAGUGUUUCCUGCUUUAGAAACACGUGCAGUAAAAAAAAUAUGUUGUCAUUUCACCUAGUCAAAUUUGAGAUAAGCAGCCUGUAUUUAUUGAAUAAACACAAUUUGUCUGUCAGACAACAUCAAUGUGCCAAAUCAGGAGAAUGAAGACUAUAAAAAUUUUUGUAAGAUCUGAACAUGGCUAAUUUAGCACAAACUAGUACUCAAUGUAAAAUUAUACUUGUAAUACUGACUAAUAAAGGAUUUUUUCUUAAUCAGCAA